CGCGCGAGCAUGGGUCGAUGCGACGGGAGAUGCACGCUGGUGGUCAUUUGUUCCCUGCAGCUGCUGGCGGUGUUACAGAGACAGGUUUUUGAUUUCCUGGGUUACCAGUGGGCUCCCAUCCUGGCCAAUUUCCUCCACAUCAUAGCAGUCAUACUGGGAGUGUUUGGCACUGUACAGGUCCGCUCCCGCUACCUCAUACUGUAUGCUGUGUGGCUUGUCAUCUGGGUUGGCUGGAAUUCUUUCAUCAUCUGUUUCUAUUUGGAGGUGGGCCACCUAUCUCAGGAUAGGGAUUUCCUUAUGACGUUUAACACGUCCCUCCAUCGCUCCUGGUGGAUGGAAAAUGGGCCUGGUUGCUUAGUAACGCAGGUGCCUGACUCCCCAUUGGCUCCUGAGGACCAUCAUGUGAUCACAGUCAGUGGCUGUCUGCUGGACUACCAAUACAUAGAGGUGGUCAGCUCUGCUCUGCAAGUUUUCCUCGCUCUCUUUGGCUUUGUAUAUGCCUGCUACGUGAGUAAAGUCUUCCUGGAUGAAGAGGACAGCUUUGAUUUCAUUGGAGGAUUUGAAACCUAUGGUUACCAGCCUCCACAGAAGAGUUCCCACUUACAGCUUCAGCCACUUUACACGUCAGUAUCUCCACACAUAACACAGAUAAAACUGCUCGCUCUGUAUUAG